AUGCAGGCCACGUGGCCCUUGAUUUUACUAGUACUGCUCUUUGGCGCUGCAGUGGCGCUGUGCAGCUUCCUCGUUUACGUGGCAGAGCUGUACAGGCUUUGUCCUGGUUGGGCACCUGUGCGCAGCUUCGACAAGGAGGACGGAGCUGCGAAAAAGAUGACGUAUGGUUCUGCAGCCCCGCCUGAUCCAAAGAGCCAGGAGAAAUUGCAGGUACCCUGGGACACCCUUGAGAAGACCUGGCAUCCAGUCCAUGGCGAGGAAAGGUGGAGUUCCGACCUGCAUUCUGCGACACACAGUAUCUUCGCAGCCACAGCACAUGGUGGGCUCGAGACGCUGCCGGGCUCGUUUGAGUGCCAGACGCGGUGCGAUGCGCUCGUCACAAAAGAUGGCACUGCUGCAGGGACAGUGCAGGAUCAGAUUGUGGAUUGUUCUGUCAUGUUCCAGCACCAAUGUGCAUGCGCGGCCACCAGAAGUCAAGGCUUGGCCAAGGGGCCGGCAAAGGACAGAGUGAAGUUCUGUGGUCCGCUGGCAGAACUCGCCACUGCACUUUUCGGGCCGACGCGACGAGACAACAUGAGUGAACUGCGAGAGAAGGAGAAGGUCAAGAAGCCCCGAAGGCGCGGUGGGGCAACUGCCAAUGUGGAGAAAGGCAUCUUUAAGCCAUAUCACUCCGUCAGCGUGCCCAAACAUGCAGAUCUUCUGCACCAUUUUCAAGCCGAGAGGCCCAAAACGACAGUCAUGCUGCGGAACAUUCCGAACCGGUACUCUCAGGCAAGCCUUCUGCAAGAAAUCGACCUGGCCGGAUAUCGUGGUACCUACGACUUCUUCUACUUGCCCAUGGACACUCAGAACAGGACAAACGUCGGAUAUGCCUUCAUCAACUUUCUCACAUCACCCGACCUGGAGCGAUUUAUGGUGGAAUUCGCCGGCUACCUGUUCCAGAACCACUCAAGUCAAAAGGUGGCCAGAGUCUCUUUGGCUCACAUUCAAGGCUUUAUCGAGAACAUCCGACAUUUCUCAAACCGUGCUGUGUCUCAAUCGCGAAACAGCCAGUACAGGCCCAUCGUGAUUCACCAGGGCGUUCGAAUGGACAUUUCGGAGGCCUACGAUUUGUUGUGUUCCGUUCAAGCCGGACAGUCAUCCCAGGACGAUUCUGCGAAGGUACCUCUACCCCCAGGAAGUCUGGCAGUUGCUGAACCACCGGGCCUUACGGAGAAUCUGCCAUCGAUCUUGCCACACCUGGCAUCUGGGCCCAGCACCAGUGAGGACUACGCGGAGCGCUACUCUGAGGCAAAGAAAGGAUUCGAGGAGGCUGUGUCUAUGCUCCUCAGGUCUUCCUGUCCUGGACGCGAGGCAGAGGCACUCGAACUACCAGAGCUGGAAGACGACGAACGCACGGAAGGAUCCCACAGUCCGCCAGGCUCACCUCGGCGCAUUUUUCAGGGUGUGCCUGGCGCAAAGAACAUCCCAGUGCCGUUCUUCCUCGGGGAGAGCCCUCAAGGCGGAGCCGAAGCCAGCGAUUUGGCAACACCUCGCACAAACAGGACUGCAGACAUUCAGACCCAGGGCUUCCUGCUUGGCAGGACCACCGGUCCCAUUUUGCAGGGCCAUUGUGCCAUGUCUUGUCGUGUACAUGGUCGCCCCGCUGGACUGGUCGAGCUGUUGGCCUUCGACCUCCAGAAUGGUCAUCAGGUCACAGCAGGUCGCAGCAAGGAGCGGGCUGAAGACCAGCCGGAGGCGGUGCCAGGCAUGGAAGGCUAUGAAGGCUUUCCUUCUGGAGCCCACAGCGAGGCCGCAGCCGAGGAGGAAAAGCUUCUGGACUGCGAGCUUUCUGGCGAGGUGUCUACACAGGAGCUAAGCGAAGACUCAAUAGCUGGCUUGAGUGAUGCUUUGGCCGCAGUGGAGUCGCGAAUCCAUGCUUCCAGGUGGUGGCCGUCAGCAGUGCCCGGUGGCAAGCAAGGAGAUGCUCAGAUGGGACUGUCAGAUUCUGGCCAGACUUUUUCAUUGCAGGAGACGCCAUGGUCCAAGAUGAUGGGCUCGGGACAGGCCGACUCCGGGCCGACACUCUUCGAGCGCCAGCCUGCAGCGUGCUCCGCGUGCUCCAUGCCUGGCCUCCUCUUCUUGUGCUGUCUCUUCAGCGCAAGUCUUUCCGGCGUGAGGCUUCGCUUGAUUCUGCUGGCUGCAGCUUUACCACUGGUGGCAUAUUGGCUGGAGGUGAGCUCGCCAAAGGCUGAGGAGGAAGCUGCUGAAGAGGACGCCGAGCUCGACGAGUCUGAUGAGCAGUUGGAACAGGAAGACGAAAACAAGGAGGCCAGGCUACGAUUCGAGCCUUACCUGACUUCCUUCCCCUUCCUGACAAAGGACUUGGGCUUCUCCUGGGAAGGUCGAGACGAGUUGGACGACCUGCUGGACCGGGACCUGGACUCCCACCACAAAGGCGGUUUGCUGAACUAUGAACCAGUGACAUUCACUGCUCUCUCGAUUCUCCUCUGGCUCUCUGCCUCGCUGUUAAUCGCUGUUAGGCAUCAGCCUCAAAUUUCUACCAGCUGGGACUGGGCCAUCUCCACGGCCGGCGGUGAUGUGCGUGCCGCGUAUGAGGAUUUUCGGGAAGCGGCGCGGAUAGAUCCCACCGAUUUCGAAAUUUGGCAGAAGUACGAAGAGACGUACAGGCAAGUUGAGGGUGACAUUGCAGAGCAGCACCGGGAGCACAACGUCGACCGCACUGUGCGAUCCUUGCGCGCACCUCCAGAGCGUCAGGUCAAAGCACCGCGCCACUUCACCUUAAAGGUCAGCAGGAGCUUCUCAGCCUUAGAAGCUGCCGGUGAGGAUGUGGACGAGGAGAAUGCCCGUGCAGUGUUUCUUCGCGGUGGCAGCCUCUUCACGAGUCAGCAAGUCGACGUGGACGUCAAGGAUGAAAGCCUGGAGAUGAUAGCCACCAGCCCGCGACGAUACUUCUUCAUCUUGCUGGCGUGGUCGUUGACCGGGCUCCUCACCGUGUACCAUUACCGCUCGUUGGAGGGAGCGAGGAAGAUGAAUCCUGUGGAGGUGUUUGGGUGGGUUGCUCUGGUGAUUGCCAUGCUGGUUUAUGCCGUUUGGCGGCAUCAUCAAAGGCCGUUCCGUCUUCGAGCGUCUGAUGUGAUCAAGAUCCUGGCAGUGCUCGUCAUUCUGAUCUGCGCGUUGUAUCACAUUGCUCAGACUGCAGACAAGCAAGCUCCACACGAGCACAUGCCUGCUCUCAUGAAGUCAAAGGGCACAAAGAGCGGAGACGCGAAGGACAGGGACAAGGGCUUCGGCGACUUUGGUCUAGGCUUUGAGAAGGAUUUCGGUUUGGACCGAGAGCCAGACUUUGACUUUGGCCCCAGCUUCGGCAACGGACAUAAGGGCAAAGGCAAGGACAGAGAUGGAAAGGAUUCUCAUAAAGGGAAAUCCAAGGAGCCUCGAGAAGCGGACCCAAAGCAGGUUUUCGUGGCAAACAUCGGAGAAGCCCACGAGGACGAUCUCCGGAGCUUCUUCGAGGAUGCCGGGGAGGUUGAGCGGCUGAAGGUCUUGCGGAACCCGGACGGCGGGUCCAAGGGGAUCGGCUUCGUGACCUUCCGCACCGAGGAACAGGCCCAGAAGGCUCUCAGCUUUCACAACAGGCCGUUUGAGGGCGGUCAUAUCGUAGUGCGGUUGGCACACGGAGGAAAGGGCAAAGGAGAUCGUGAGAAGGGCGAGAAGGGCGACAAGGGGGAAGGACGCGAGGGACGAGGCGACUUCUUCAGGGGUGACCGUGAGAACCGGGACCGUCCCAAAGGAAAAGGGCGAGGAGGAGGCAAGGGGAAAGUUCCCAUGGCAGACGUGGAGGAUCUGAUCGAGCAGGCACUGGCUGGCCAAGAAGGCCCGCUCAAGGUCAGCGACUUUGACUUCACGGCUAAAAAGUUCGUGGCCGAGUUGCACAAUCGUGACCGAGCAGAUGGCGGGUCGCGGUUGCAGGAGGCUAUGGACAUGAUUUUGAAGUACACCUCUUCCAAGGACAGAAGUUCCGUUAGAAAGUGGCCCGCGUACGUGUUCACACUCCUCCAAAAGUUUGACCCAGCGCUCGGCGAAGAGAUGCGAGAGAGAGAUCAGGAACGACGCCAAAAGGGCUCUGGAUUUCGCCGUCCCCGUCCUGCUCAUGAGGCACUGACCUCUGACAGCCUGUAA